AUGUGUCUCAUCAAUACGAUCGUUCCGAUGAUUGUGAAAUUGAAUUCGCUACUAAAACUAUGUCAGACACUUCGCGACGAACUUUGGCCACUUCUUGAAUCAUCAUCACCGAUUGAAGAUGCUGAUCUUUCAUGUUUUGAUUCGGAUGAAAACAUUCGUCAAUGUGGCUUGGUAUCCCGACCCGGCAUCUGUCAAGCUGCACAGCGAUUACGAAGAAAUAGUCGAACCAAACGUGGCUGUAAUAAUCAACUUUAUACCAAUGGCAAAUCGGUGACUGCAUACGAUUUUGGAAGUUUCGAAAUCCGAUGUAAUCGAUCAUUAUGUGAUGGUCCAUUGACAUUUCAAGCUGUUAAAGAUGUUAUGUUCAAAUACAAUAUAACCAAAACAGUCGAUGGUCAGUUAAGUCAAGGAAUACGUCAUUCACUAUCGUUCAUAUUCGUUAUUUUGAUUAUUAUCCAUUUAAUAUAA